GAUUUCUCGAGCUGCCCAAGACACGAAACGUUGAUCCAGGCAGACUGAUCUUCUCUAUCGUCCACUCACACCAUCCUGAACCCUUCCUCCUCCCGCAGCUCCCCCAUCGAAACCCUUCGCAACCAGUCUCACCACAUCCCUCGAAUCGCCACCCUCGAACAACAACACAUAAUCUUCGUCAUCCCCGCCCUCUUAAGACCCUGCACACGCGAUACACGCAAACCAAACCAACAAUUCGAGUCUGCUGUGCAACCUGUCGAUCACGACGCCUGCAGUCAACAAUCGGCCUUACUACGACCGAAUCCUCCACACCAGGCAUCCUUUCCGCCACUAUAUCGCGAGCUGACAGCCACUUUUCCUAUCACCUUUCAAUCUCGCCGGAUUGUCUCACCUCCUUACCUGCAGUUCAUCACAACUGUUUUCCGAAGAUAUCCGCCACCAAACAGUCGCGCACGAGAGGAUAUUGCGUGGCUUGAAUAUCUUCAUCAUCACCUCCACCACCGCGCCUUCCCUUGUUCGCUGGACGAUUUUUGCACCUGCCUUCCUUUCUGCACGUCGACUAUGCAAGAAGCUUGAUUGAAGACCUUUCCUAUACCACGCGUACUAUUUCAAUCUCCUUCCUCGACGUCAGGAAAGUCUCUGCGAGACAUCCUGUUUCACCUGGGGUGCUCACGUUCAUGGCCAAUAGCUGGGGUUGAAAAUCCGAAAAACGGUGCUGGUCUGAAUCAAGAAAAGCCACAACUUCCGUCAUGAUGGCAACAUACUCUCCUCAUCGUGAGGAGCGAGAAGCAGCGCACCUACACUCUCCUAAGGCACUUGCGCAUUUCGACCCUCAUUCUGCCAUUCGCGAAAUACGGCGGUCAUUAUCUCGUUCUCCUUCAAAGAACUCCGAACUUCGUCAAUUCCCCUUUCGAUCACCGGGUCCUGGUAACGUUCCUUUUUCGUCGUCACCACUGUCUCCCUCGCGAAGAAUAUCAGGUGAAAACACAAUCAUGUCUUCAUCAUACGCGCCAGCACCCUACAAUCGCACCACACCGGGUUCGCGCUUCCAGCGUCCGAUUCUGCGACGAACAACGCAGAGCCAUGGCAUUACCCGAGUUCGCACAUCGCCAAAGAGUCCUACAAAACGAGCUCUGAACGACUCGAACGAUAGUGGAAACUCCGCAUCUAUGCCACUCCGAAAGCGCAGUUCUGCAGAAGCAGACCGGGAAUUAGCGCUCAAAGCCUUGACUGGAGAAGAGGGGAAAGAGAACGACAGUUCACCAGAAGAACCACCUCAAUGGAAAGCCCCUAUGACCCGUCAGGAAAAGAGGCGAAGCGGUGGCGCCCUGAUCUCUACGGUUGUUCCGCUAAGCCCCAUGAAGCGAGCGGAUGGCCCAAAGGCCGAUGACACCGACAAUUUCGAUAGUCCCUCUGCAAAGAGAAGAAGCCUUCAUGGCCCAGGUCUGGACUUUAGCAUCUUCGAGUCGGACAGUUUGGAUGGCAGCAUGUUCAACGACAAACGUGCACAAGAUGACAAUGACUGGUUUGGAACCAUUACUCCGCUGUCGGCAUCGCGCUUCUCUACGAUACCAAAACGAUCCUCGUCGUUGCGGAAGUCCACUCUUCAACAAAGACAAAAUGAUCGAUCGAGUAACCUGAAGUACACUAACAUCAUGGAGGUGGACAAGUCCUUUUUCGAGGCGAGCCCAUCAACAAACGCGAAGAAAGGCUUGCGUAUGUCUUUGGAUAAUCAACCCUUGCCUCGAGAAAGCCCAUUCUCGAGCCAAGGAAGCCUCUUGAAUGCAUCGAUUCAUCCUGUCACCUCCACUCAGAACGGCUUCUCACAACAGUCUCGACACCCACUGUCUCGUACCUUGACACAGUCCUCCUCACAAGCUGAUGAGCAAGAUGAUUCACCCACUCAUGAGCCAAUCCAUCGCCCGAACAGACCUCGAUCUCACGAUUUCUCGAAAUCUUUGCCCAUUGGCGCAUCACGACCGUCACCAGAAGGAAACGAGUUCUCUUCCCAAAGCUCGUUCGCUACCCCUGGGAACUACAAAGCUGCCAAACCGCUGCCCGCAGCUUUCAUGUCUACCGGGUUGAUUUCGAAGAAGAACCGCAACGUGGAUGACCCUGACGCUGGAUUACCGAAAGCCCAUAUGCCAGACACCCCUUGCAAGAAACAGUCGGUGAUUUUCCCUGCGGAUGAUAACUUUGCUGCUCCCAACCCUAUCGGCAACAGAGCACCUCGUCACUCAUUCGGAGCGCCUGCUACGCCUCUAGAGAUGCAUAAUGGUGCCUCGAAGGUCUCAGCAUUUCCCUUCUCCAGAAGCGUGGGUAUAUUUGGGCCUCGGUCCAACAAGCACAGCCUGAUCAGAGAAGGAAGUUUUGCGUCCAUCGAACCCGAGGACAAGACCACCACUCGAUCACCUUUUGUCCGUACAACCAGUCAGUCAACAGAAUCCGACUAUCCUCCUACACCCACCAAGCACUUCGGCGAGCCUCACGACCGCGACUCCGUCUCGCCAUCACCUCAUCAUCCAGGCUUGCCGUAUAAUCCAACGAUGCCCAAGUCAGCCGUGGGGACCCGUGUCUCAAGCAGUAAGUUAUCUCCUAUUUUAGCAUCGCCUAAAAAUGUCGAUGGGGACAGUGAUAGCGUGAUGGAGGAUUCUCCUUCCGCCAACCUGAGACCAAAGUCGACGUUGAACAUUGCCUCGGUGCCAGGUCCCUCCUUUACAGGAGGCCGCAUGUCGAAGAAUCUCGGGUUUCCCAAACCGCUCUCGAGGAAAUCUCUUUCAAUUCAACCUCUACCGUCGCCCGCGCUGGAACGUACUAAAAUGAUGUCUGUCUCUCCAGUUAGUCCAAGGAUCGAUAAGGCGGAUGGACUGUCUCCUCACACUCCCCUUGACGGAUUCUUCCCUCCGGACCCUAGUCGCCUUUCAAUUUCUGGCCGCGCCGAACGUCCCACGGGCGGGCGAGAUGGUAAUAAUGGUGCUUUCAUACCUGCAACACCGACAGGACCACGAGAGCAUUUCCCCAAUUUCUCGAACCGACCAAGUCUCAACCUGGCCGGUGCAGACACCUCGAAUGCUGACAGAAGCUUGAGCUCAAGAUUCGAAAAAGUUGACCUUAUCGGUUCAGGCGAGUUUUCGCAGGUCUACCGAGUCUCACAGCCACCAGAAUCAUCACCAUAUCAUAGAAUCUACUCCGUCUCGAGUGCUCGUCCGUCGUCGGGAGGGUCUUUGCCGGAGAAGGUAUGGGCCGUCAAGAAGUCUCGUCAUUCAUAUUCCGGAGCCAAGGACCGUCAGAGAAAGAUUCAAGAAGUGGAUGUAUUGAAAGCAUUAGGCCAUUCAGACCAUAUUGUCACCUUCGUUGACAGCUGGGAGGAGCAAGGUCACCUCUACAUUCAGACAGAAUUCUGCGAAGAAGGAACACUGGACGUUUUCCUUGCGCAAGUCGGCCUGAAAGCUCGACUGGACGAUUUUCGUAUAUGGAAGAUGCUCCUGGAAUUGGCUCUGGGCCUGAAGCAUGUUCACGACAGCGGAUACAUCCAUCUUGACCUCAAACCUGCAAACAUUCUCAUCACUUUCGAGGGGGUUCUGAAAAUCGCUGAUUUUGGUAUGGCAUGCAAAUGGCCUGCCAAGGCUGGCAUUGAAGGUGAAGGUGAUCGGGAAUAUAUUGGCCCUGAGGUGUUGAUGGGCAGAUACGACAAGCCGGCAGAUAUUUUUGCUCUUGGUCUUAUCAUGCUCGAAACUGCCGGAAAUGUCGAGCUUCCUGAUAAUGGUGUAUCGUGGCAGAAGCUGCGGAAUGGCGACAUGAGCGACGUUCCCAGCCUGACAUGGAGUUCUGGGACGAGCGGCAUCUUGCGGGACGCUACUGGAAAUCCGAUCUCCAAGGGUUCAUCUCUCGAUAUCGAACAAGACCCCGACCAAUGUGACGUUGAUGUAGUGGACGCUGACGGAAGACACGGAGUGGAAAGUCAACAUCAUCAGAAAAACUUCCACCACCCACGGAGCGGUGAGCUUGUCAGUCCACCGCAAUUCAUGAUUGACCCGUCACAUGAACAAGCACUUGAUCGGAUAGUCAGAUGGAUGAUUUCCCCUGAUCCAAGCGACCGUCCUCUUGCGACCGACGUGCUCAACACUGAAGGCGUUCGUUUUGCAGAAGCCCGACGACGUGCGGGAGCCACGAUUUUUGAAGGGAACUGGGGUCCUGCCGAUGAAAUUCUAGCCGAAGAUGCAGAAAUGAUUGAUGUUUGAGUCAUCUAGACGCAGCAUCCUCUCUCCUGGAUAGAAGGGACGAUUUUUGGGUAUCGCAAACACUCGGCGAAAGGGAUCUAAUGGUGUUCUGAAAACGGUUUUCAGGAUUCACGAAAAACACCACCUCCAAGGAAACGUCAAAACAACAAAUAGUAUCCUUAUGGGUUCGAUUGUGUAGUAUCGUGGGAAUUUCGACCUUUGCGGACUGAGGCGAUUAUGAGUUUCAUUUGGUCAUCUCGCGUUGAACUCGACAUCACACCCUAAUGUAUGACCACGAUCAGCCACGAUUCCUUUUUGUGUUUUGAGUCACAGUCGACAAGCAAGCAAGAGCAAAGAACGAGUUGCAAAGGUGAUGCAGAUGUUAUCACUGGAAAGCGUGGUACGGUAUGAUACGAUAUUUCUGGCAGGGCAUGGGGCAUCAGCGCGAGCGAUAUUGGGGGCAUUGAAUCGUAAAAGUAAUUCUCGGCCAUAGCAGUCUAAUAUCCAAGAGGAUAACGAGACUUGAAAUAGGUAGUGACUGUACCUGAUACAGCUACAGAGUUAGAUCAAAGUAGCUUGAAUGACGACAUGAAUUGGAUCAAAGAG